GUGUGACGAUGGGUAUGAAUUUGCCACACAGACAGCUUCUCUCUCCUGCCAGAGCGACAGCACAUGGUCCAAACAUAGCAUCCGGUGCCGUCCCACCCCCUGCCCGCUGCCCAGCAACUUCUCCAUCCCUCAUGUGGUAAUCACUGGAAAGGAGCUCACUCCUGUUGGGGGCACCAUCAGUCUCUCCUGCCCUCCAGGCUUCUUCCUGCAAGGCUCAGCACUGGCUGAAUGUCAGCUGGGUGGAAACUGGACUCCGAGCAUCAAGACAGCUUCCUGCGAGCUGGUGGUGUGCGAGAAACCGCCCCCUCUUCUUCACGGCGUCACAGAGGGCGACAGCUACAAUUAUGGAGACUUUGUCAUGUACUCCUGCCUCCCUGGCUUUUACAUGAAGGGAGACUCUAUCCAGACCUGCCAGGGAGACAGAGCGUGGAGUGGCACCCAGCCAGUGUGUGUUGCACAGUCCUGCGGGCGUCCUCCCACGGUACGCAAUGCACAGAUCCACGUGACUGGGGAGACUUACCUACACAACGCCAGUUAUGUUUGCAAUAUGGAGCUGCAGCUGGUCGGCUCUAAGACUCUCACCUGUCUGGCCAACGGCACGUGGAGCCUGCCAGCUCCUACGUGUGAAGCGGCCAGAGGCUGCAUCAGCCCGAGGCAGGUGCCGCAUGGCAAAGUGCAGGAGCACAACCUGAACACCGGGCGCGCUGUGGAGUUCCUGUGUGAUACAGGCUACAACCUGGUGGGGGAUCCUCUGGUGGUGUGUAUGGGGGGCAACGCCUGGAGCUCCACUUUCCCCAGCUGCCAAC